AUGUUGGAGUUAUAUGAGCAAAACAGAGUGCCCCUGUCACAGGGGAGUGAAAUAGAAGGAAGUGCUGGAGGUGGGUCAGGCCAUCGACCACCAGCUAGAACUCCAGCUGUGAGUGAGGACCAUGUUUCAAAGCAAACAUCUUCACGAGCAGCCUCUGAACCUUUGUGUCAAGAUGACAAUGUGGCACCACCAAGAAACUCCUAUAACCAAAAUAAUGACAAUGGGAGUGGAGAGACCGACAGUGUUAUUACUGAUCACAAGGUGGAGGUAGAAACUAGAGACCGUGAGCCUGUCUCCCACAAGGAAAUCAAAAGAGAGGACCCCACUAAAUCCAGGUAUGGGACAGAGCAAGGGGAAGAAGACCAAGAAAGAACUGCAGGGAGAAAUGAGGGUGCAGAAGCUGGAGAGUGGAGGGAUGAUGCUGUAUCUUGUAAGUCCACCAGCAUAGUUGGUAGGAAAUUGGAUCUUCGUGAAGGCCCAGUUGGCCAGUCCCCUAAAGAUGCUAUUAAGAUGAUAGACAAGGACAAGCUGAAGGCAGCACUUGAGAAACGGAAGAAAUCUCGAGGGGAGACCACACGGAAGAAGGAUAUCAUGGAUGAGGACGAUCUUAUUGAGAGGGAACUAGAAGAUGGGGUUGAGCUGGCGGCUGAGGAUGAGAAAAUCAAACGAGAGAGAAGGCAGAGCUGGUCUAAAACUGAAAAUCUAGAUUUUAAUAAGGAUCAUGCAGAAGCUGGGGAGGGAAACCAUGUGAUCAUGAAAGGGCAGUCAUCACGGGGAUUGGAAGCAGAAUACGCAGAAGAAGGGGAAAUGCUGGAUGAUGCUUCCCCCAUGCUGAAUAGCCGAAAAAGAAAAGGGAGCCCGGCUGAAAGACAGUCAGAGGGAAAGAGGCGGCAUGAUUACAACCGUGAUACCAUAGAAGAUGGACACAAGAUGGGCAAGAGUGGUUAUGCAGAUAGGGAGCACAGAAGGCAUCCACAAGAGAAUCAUCUGUGA